AGUGUCGUCAAAUGUGUUCAGGUAAAUGACCUACUUAAAAUCCCGAUGAGGAAACGAUCGAGAUAGAGGAAUUCAAAAUGGGGAUGUUAACGAUAGUUGGCUUCUUCUUUACGGCUGCCGCCCUUCUCUUCAUGAUCGUGGCCUUUGCCAGCCCUUACUGGGUGGAAUCUUUCGAGGAGUUCAAAGGAACUUUCGUUAAACUCGGCCUCUGGGAAUUCUGCUUCAACGACUACACGUUCUACAAGGACUACAACGGCAAGCGGUACCUUGGAUGUUUUUACGUGUUCUCACCAGAGAUACGACCAAUCUGGGAGUGGGUUUCGCCCCGUAAGUAAAAUAACUUCAUGAAAAUAAAACCCUUCUAACUUUACAUAGUAUUUGUUGAUUAAAUUACAGGUUUGUCUCCAAGGUGAGUGAAAUUGUUUUGAAAGUAAAAUAAACCCGGAAGAGUAUAGUAUGUAAGCUGUGUAAUUAGUAGUGUAAUGGCUACCGGAAAUGCGAUUUUCCAUACUGAAUAUUAGUUUUAGUGCCUACCAUUUAAUUCUUUUUAUUUUUGUUUUAUAGGUAGUGGGGCAUUGAAUAGAGCCAAAAAACGAGAAAUAAAAACAAGAACUAUAAUUACAGUAUUCAGCGUUGCCUAACCUGGUGUGCCCGCGACACCACACUCUCACUGUAAUUUACAUUGUAAAUCACACAAAAAUUCAUAAUUGAAAACUUUUCUCCUAUAUUUAUAAAUUAUUAUAUAAGUAUAAGUUAGUACAACUAACUAGUAUAACUUAAACUGUAAGUAAGUUGGAGUGCCUACUCAGAGACAUCUCAUGGGGUGCAAGAAGGCUAAAAAUUAGAAGGCAAUCUGUGAGAAUCCAUGUGAGGAAAGCAGAUUAUAAUAUAAGACCAGAGUAGAAAUUAUGAUAUGAAGUCUUAAUAAUAAUAAUAAUGCAUGAAAAAAGAAACAAAAUAAUUUAUGAGGUAUUUAAUAUAUGCAGUGGAAGACAUCCCCAGCUCUGUGGCUAACUAACUCUUUUAGUCAAAUUUUUAUAAUAAAUUAUUUAUUAUAUUUAAUAUAAUUUUAAAUGUUUUAUCAUCAAAAUGUUCCUACUUUGUGUAAUAAGUCUUAGGUUUAUUUUUCCAAGUGCUUUUGGUCUCUCUGCAAUUCAAUAAAUAAAUAAAUUUAAAAAAAAAUUAAAUUAUAAUAGGCUUAUGACGUUUUCUUUGGUAGGGGUUGUGAGACCUAGUAAAACAAUUUGUUGGGGGUAGGAGGGUAGUAAAUAAUAAUUCAAAACACUGAUGUAGAUAGUUGACCUGAUACCUGAUUCUUUUGUUCUAAUGAAUCGGACCUUUGUAGUAUGUAAUUAGCAUUUUAUAUGGGCACUAGACAAUAAGGUCAACUUUAGGUAGCCUAUAAUAAAAUAUGUAAAUUAAUGAAUUAUUUGUUUGUUGGCCAAAUGAGUAUGACUAAGGUAAUGUAAGGUAAAUCGGUCCAUGGCUGCCUGAUGAUCACUCCAGGAGGGGGCUAAAGGCUCACUAAAAACAUUAUUCUUACAUAAUAUGUGCAUAAAAAAGUGAAUCUAAAUUCAGACUUUGCCCCAUGCACCCUGGGCCAUCCCCAGUUCAGUUAUAUACAACAAACCAGAUGGCAUUGAUUCAUAAUUCCAACAGACAGUCUUCGAAUAUUAAAUAAUAUAAUCUAAUUAUUUGACAAAUAAUCUCUUUGAAUAUUUAUCUAUUUGUUAUUAUGUUGAAAGUAAAUGUCUUAGGGCCAAAAAUUAAAAUUUUAUAUGAGUUUUAAUUCAGGUAAAAUUUUGUGCUUCUAUGUUUAAAAAAAAAAGAAUUGUAUUAGUUAAUAUUUUACACCAAUGUUUUCUUUCAGCAUGGUUUGUGUCAGUGCAAGUCAUGGUGUCCGCAUCUCUGCUCUUCAUUUUCCUGGUGUCGGUCUGCUUGAUUCUGUACAGCUUUAAGCUCUUCCCAAAACAUUUUGAAUUUGCCGUGCUGUUGGGGACAGGAGCAGCCAUGGGUUUUUGUGGUAAGGGGCAUGUGAUACUUUUUUAGACUUUGGUAACUAGCUUUAGAUUUGAAGUUUGCCUUAUUUGAACCCAUCAUCUCAAAUGUGUGAAAAGCCUUCAAAUACACUGUAUUUGUACCGGAAAGGUAUCCUAGGGAUUUAUGUUACCGUCCCGAUCAUUUAAGGUGCUAGAAUUAGCUUUACAAUGCUAUUGGUAGCACUGGUUGUGUGCCCACCUCACAACCAAAGUUAAUGGGUUCACCUUUGUUUUUAGUUAUAGGCAGAUAGACUAGGUGAAUUAAACAUUGUAUGUAAACACUGUAAGGCAGCUAUUGCUUGUGGAGGUAAAUACCUGUGAAAAAAACCUCAACCACCAAAGCUUGAAAAAUAGCAACCAGCCUUGUAUGGGCUUAAAGAUAAUUCAGUGUUCCCACUAUUUUCAAACUUUGGUUAAGCCAGCACACACACACACACCCCCCCCCCCACCACAAAAUCGGUGUUGAAAUAAUAAAUGUUGCCUAUAAAAAAUCAAACGAUGUUCUCUCCUUGCAGUUAUCAUCAUCCUGAUUGCCUUGAUUGUGUUUGGUGUGUACAAAGAAGACCGAUUGUGGAUCCCGCGACCUGACAUGAAUCUCCUCUCCUGGUCCUACGGCCUCUGUUGUAUGUCUGGCUGGUUCUGUCUGUUUGCAUCUGUUUGCCUGCUGUUGGCUGGCAAAGACAAGAAGAAUGAGAGGUAUGCCGCAAAGCCUAACAACUACAUGUAAGAUGGAUCAGAGGAUAGCAUCUACACCAAACACAUUUAUGUACAAAUAUUAGAAUGAUGUGAUGAAUGAAAAAAUAAUUCUCAAAACUUAACAACUAUAUGAUAGAAGAAUCAGAGAGGAUAUCCUGAAAACCAAACAGCUGUUUGUAAAAAUAGUUGCAUGUAAUCUGAAAGAGAAUUUUAAAAUUCAAAUAUUAAAUUUCUUGAAAACAAUAUAUGUGCUGCUACUGUCAUCUAUCUGAUGAAUCCCUGUGUAAUCCUUUCAGAUGUUCUAAGCAAUAAUUGUUUGUAUUAACUAUGCUACAAAGAAUCAUUCAUAUAAUAUCAAAAGUUUUUUUAACUAAGGCAGCUGAUGAUGAUUGUAUUAAUUAGUGACCAGCAAUUUAAAUCUAAUUAAGAAAGUAAACUUAACAUGAUGUUUUAAAAUGGGAGUAUGAAUACAUCGUUGUGUCUUUUGGUUUGACUGCAAUUAUAGGCAUAAUUCAUUUUUUGUAAAAACAGGUUGUUGAUGAGUUUGUGACAUGAUGUUAUAAAUGUAUAUAAUAAGAACAUUCCAAUGUUGUUUUUAUAUUUUGGCUUGGAGUUUGCCCUUGUAUCCAAGUUAUUGUAUAUAGUUCUCAGAUACACUUCAUAUUUAAAUCUAUGUAAACUAGGUUACAGUUGCUUGUUUUUUUUUCUAGCUUAUGGUUAUUUUCAGUAAUCUCAUUCGAAAUUGGUGCCGAAAUAUUUUAGUAAUUCUGAUUAUUGUUUUAAUAAUGUAUUCAUCCAUAUGAACUAGGAUAAUGGAAGGUAUUUUUAGGGAAAUAAUCCAUCUCUUACAGCUUAAGACCAUUAGCAGAAGCCAAGUAUGACAAAAUUUUAGUGUCCAUAAAUAUAUCAUGUAUAUAUUUUUAUCUGAUAUUUUGAGUGUUAUUUUUAUGCAGCAUAAUUGAUUUAUUUGUAUGCUGCUGAUUAUACCACUCUUUACCUUAUAUUUGUAAGUUAAAUUAAGAUUGAAACAGUUGACCUUUUCCUUUGUAGACAUCUCUCACAAAGUUAUCUGUAAUUUUUAACAUGGGAUUCACUUAUCAAAUAUUUAAAAUCAGUUUUUGAACCUUUUUCCUUUAAUUAUAUUUCAAGUUAGCGUUAUUUAUAAAAAUUUAUUUUGUUUGGUAAAAACAGACAAGAAUCUGCAUAAAGAGUUGUAAAAAGUUAAUGAACAUUCCAUGUAAAUAAUUUCAUUAUUGUCAUUAGUCUUUAUUGAUGUUUAACUAGAGAUCUUUUUGGAUAUUUUAAAACAAAUCCUUAAUUUUAAAUAAUUUCAAGAAAAUAAUUUUUAAGACAGUUGAAUUUAUUAAUUUGGUUGAUUGCCUCUAUAAGUUAACGUAAAACACUUUACACACAUGUAAAUAAAUUUGAAAAUGAAUUAAACAUUCUAUUCUUUUUUGAUA